AAAAUCCCAAUUUGUGGAAAUUUCUUGGCGUCUACUGAAGAGGAAACGGACCAGAACGAAUGACUAAUCUGAAGACGGAACGGCCGAAGCAGGAUAUUGAAGAUCAGGUGGAACUGUGGUGGUUUGGUGAGCCAUGCAUCUCCCUGCUCUGCUACACCUCCUCUGUUGCCCUGGUGCUCGGCCUCGGGACAGGCGGUGUGGCACUCUUGUCUUCAGCCGGCUCUGCGGAGGUGUCCUCGGCUGUGUGGCGCCUCACCGUGGGCUCCGCCCUCUGCAUCCUGGCCCUCGUACUCGUGCUCAAGCAGUUGCUUAGCUCGGCCGUGCAGGACAUGGGCUGCGUGCGCAGUCGGCGACGCAUCGUGCAGCUGCGCAGUGGUGGAAGCGUCGAUCCAUCUCUGCUGCUUGCCAUCGGCCUGGCGCUGAUGCUCGGUGGUGCCACGGUGCUGCUGUGCUUGGCCUCGUCACAUAUGCUGCUCACAGGGACGCUUCUCUUGUCUUCUGGUGGCGCCGUGGUGCUGAGCGUUGUGGCGUACGGAGCGAUGAAGCAUGUGUGGGAACGGAGAGAAAGGAGAAGGAGGAGGAUACAUAGAAGGGUGAGGGUGUACACAGUGGCAGGACAGAGGAGUCACAUGUGGAGAGACUCCACGUCAAGUCAAGCUGGUCUGAUAUGAACGGAAAAGAAUGGAAAUGAAAAGCUGAGGAUUUCGUUGGCAGUAAGUCAAGGCUGAAUUUGUAGUUUAGAACAGAAGAGGAACCUGAGAUCCAAAGCAAAUCAUCUCCAGUCCAGUCCCAUUGGUUUACUGCUAGAGGAGAAGAAGAACCUGAGAUCAAAAGCAAAUCAUCUCCAGUCCAGUCCCAUUGGUUUACUGCUAGAGGAGAAGAAGAACCUGAGAUCAAAAGCAAAUCAUCUCCAGUCCAGUCCCAUUGGUUUACUGCUAGAGGAGAAGAAGAACCUGAGAUGAAAAGCAAAUCAUCUCCAGUCACGUCCCCAUUGGUUUACUUCUAGAGGAGAAGUAGAGGUUGCAGAAUCAAGUGUAACUGUCAAAGAGUGUUUAAAUCAUUGGUCUUUGUUUGAUUUACACAAUCACUCAUUUCACACACACCAUCAUCGCCAUGUGCCAUCAGACUGGAGGAUCACGUGACCUCUCACAUUUUUUACACAUUGUCAUAUUGCAAUCGAUUUGCUGGUCUGUGUCGCGGGCAUU